CCCGCCUCCUGCCUCUCCGGGUCGCCUAGGAAACGGAGCGACCGUGCGGCCUGCCUGACGGCGCUGAGCUGGGGUUAAUUUUUUAAAAAUUCAUACCUGUGGACUAGAAUCAUCAAGUUUGGAUUCCAUGUCUUUUCUUGUAAGUAAACCAGAACAAAUUAGGCGGUGGGUGUCCGAGAAGUUCAUUGUUGAGGGCUUGAGGGAGUUGGACCUGCUUGGAGAGCAACCUCCAGGUGACUCUCGGAGAAAAACUAAUGAAGCAAGCUCUGAGUCAAUAGCACAUUUUCCCAAAAGGGACACAAUGAGUACUUAUUUGCCAGAUAACAGUCUCUAUGAGUUAUUGACUGUAAUAGGGAAGGGCUUCGAGGACCUAAUGACUGUGCAUCUAGCACGUUAUAAACAUACAGGAGAGUUUGUCACAGUUCGGAGGAUCAACUUAGAGGCCUGUACCAAUGAAAUGGUGGCAUUUUUGCAGGAUGAACUUCACGUCUCAAAAUUCUUCAGCAACCCCAACCUUGUGCCAUAUAAAGCAGCCUUCAUAGUCAGCAAUGAGCUUUGGGUUGUGACCUCUUUCAUGGCUUAUGGUUCUGCUAAAGAUUUAAUCUGUACACAUUUUAUGGAUGGUAUGAGUGAACUAGCUAUGGCUUAUAUCUUGCAAGGGGUAUUGAAGGCUCUUGAUUAUAUUCAUCAUAUGGGAUAUGUUCACAGGAGUGUGAAGGCCAGUCAUGUCCUGAUUUCUGCAGAUGGAAAGGUAUACCUGUCUGGCCUGCGCAGUAAUCUAAGCAUGAUCAGUCAUGGUCAACGCCUGAAAGUAGUGCAUGACUUCCCCAAGUACAGCAUCAAAGUCUUACCAUGGCUUAGCCCAGAGGUCUUGCAGCAGAAUCUUCAGGGCUAUGAUGCAAAAUCCGAUAUCUACAGUGUAGGAAUCACAGCCUGUGAGCUGGCGAAUGGCCACGUCCCAUUCAAGGAUAUGCCUGUAACUCAGAUGCUUUUGGAGAAGCUAAAUGGCACGGUUCCUUGUCUUCUGGACACCACCACCAUUCCUCCAGAGGAGCUGAAUACAAAACCAUUGCGAUCAGGAGCCAGCAUGGGGUUCGGGGAAAAUAUGGUAGCCAGCAAUGCCAAGGCCUCCAAUGGUGAGGCAGCACCACAUCCAUACCUCCGUACCUUCUCACCCUACUUUCACCACUUCGUAGAACAAUGCCUUCAGAGGAACCCAGAACUAAGACCAAGCGCAAGUGCCUUGCUCAACCAUUCCUUUUUCAAACAGAUCAAACGACGUCCAUCUGAAGCACUUCCUGAACUGUUGUAUCCUGUAACACCAAUGACUUGUUUUGAAGGCCUGCAAGUGCAAGAACCAAGCAGUAUUUAUGAAGUAGCAUCGAAUUUGGAGCAGCUCAAGCUGGAUGACUGGGAAUUCUAGGUCCCCAAAGGAGGAAAACAUAACAGAUUUAGAAGUUUUGUACUGAUAUGGUUAAUUCAUUUAACCCUGUCCUUUCUCACACAACAGCGAUGAAUGUUACGUUUCGCAAGUUUACACAUCUUAAGGUGGCAAUCCACACAUCAUUUGCAUUGGAUCAAAGUCUAUCUGCCGGUGGGGGGGGGGGAUGAUGUGCAGAGAGCUGGUGCUGGGGAUUCUUUCCUGCUGUGUAGUUCAGAUUAAGACUUGGAUAUGUCCAAAAUGAGCCUAUUUUUCCUGCCCUCUCUGUAUGGCGGUACAGCUGUCCCUAAAGGAUUUAGUGUUCUUACGGUCUCCUAGUCGAUGGACAACCGAAAACCUGCUUCAGUGUCCACAUUCUACCUGCACAACGUUCUUGUGGAGAGCUUCACUAAUGGAAGUAGAGGUAGAGUUUUCAUCAAGCAUAUUCCAGGCUGAGCUUGGUCUUCCUCUAUGUAAAACUCAUCUCUGGCUGAAAAGGUACAUAAAAAUUCCGUGCUAAUGUUCUGGUGCUAAAUGCAGUGAACAGCAAGUCAGGAGGACUGGUCUCAGUAUUUUCCUAAUUGAUUACCAUUUCCCAGUAAUGUACUUGAUGUUGUAGUAUAGCAUCCAUCUGUAGAGCUCUCUCUGCACACUUCAAAUCUCAGCCACAUCCUCCAGCAGACAACAGAAAGGAACAGUUUUGACAUGGCAAGAAUGGCCUGUUCCUGAGUACCUGUCUCCUCUGGAUUUGUGUCUAAGGUUGAAAGGCAAUCUAUUUUCUCUUUGCCCCCAUUCUCCAUUUUGGCCUGUGUUUCUGUAGUUCUUUAUCAUACAGUAUUUUGCCUGUCUGAGAAGUUUCCAUCAUGCACAAACAUUGGUUGUAAAAUUGCAGAACUUUGAAAUUUGACCUCUAGAUUUCUGAUUUUAACAUGCUUCUUGUGCAUUAGGGCCUUUCUUCCUUCUCUGGGCUACUUUCUUUUAAAGUAUUUUACACAGUUGAGCAUUGAGCCAAGCCUCUUUUUGCAUCUGGCUGCCUGCAUCAGAGGUCCUCUCUGUAGGACCAUGUGUUUAUGAUCCCACAGGUUUGUUAAGCUGUGCUUGAUCCCAAAGUCUGCUAUUCUAAUUUUUGUUGCCAAAAUAAAAUGAUUUUGCACUCUUCCCCCCUCCCCUACA